AUGGGUGAUAUCAGUGGAAUCACCUCCUCCGCCACCGGCACCGCCGUCGACGGUGAUCUGCUACUCAAAAAAUUCUUCGCGGAAGUUAGCAAGAUUGAACGCGACAACGAAGUCAACAGGCAGAUUGAUAAAGGCUUCCUUAGUGCAAGUAUUGAUCCUGGUUUAGUGUUAACUGGCUUUCGCUUCAUUAUUAAAGAAGACAUGACUGGAAUGCUUGACACAGAAGAAAAAUAUCGUGGGUGUUGCGAGGACGAUUACCUGUUUUACCCACGAUGUAACGAAGUCGCAAAAGAUUACAGGAUUACCACCUUCACUGACGAGAAAUAUGGAGAUGAUGAUGACGGUACGUGGAGCGAGGAUGAGGAGACAUGCAGCGAGGAUGACGGGAGAUACAGAUCUCCGUUGGAUUCGCUGCCAAUGGAUCCGACUGAGGGGUAUAGAUCUUUCGCCUCGGCACAAAAUACUCCACGCUAUUCGGAUCGCCUUUGA